AUGGUAAAAUUGCAGCAACAACAGUCGCAGUCAUUACAGUGUGGAACGACAACAUUCAAUAAAUUAUCAUUCGAUCCAGCGACAAAAUUAAGUCUUUUACCCUCAGCGAAAUUAACAAAUAUUCUGUUGGAGAAUAUUAUUGGAUCGAAUGAUAUUUGUUAUCAGGUUAAGCAUCACAUCCCACCGAAAAUUAAACAUUCCUUCACGACAUUUCAGCAAUUAAUAACGACAUGUUUGAACUGUACAAAAUGUUCAUCAAGUUUAGCGAAUAUUUAUCGAUAUUUACAUGAAAUAUUAAAAGAUGUAAAAGUGUCAUUAAUUGUGGUGAUACGUGGUGUAAAUCAUCGACAAAUAAAUGAUAUUAAUGAAGAAAAGAAAGUACGAUUUGCAUUCAUCGAAGAUGAUGCACCAUUAUCGCUUGACGAUUGUCAAAUUAUUGAUGGUAACGAAGGUGAUGCAUUUCGAUAUGCACAUGCAAAAGAUCGCCUACAGAGGAGAUUAUUUAAUGCUGCGAAGAAAGCUUUAACAAGAAUUCCGACGAGACAACUCCGUCAAGAUGACAAAGAUCUUGAUUCAGAUUGCCCAGUUUGCAUUGACCCCUACCGUAGCGGGGAUUUGGUUCGAUGUUUGCCAUGCAGACAUGUUUUCCAUAAAAUGUGUGUAGAUCCUUGGCUACUUGAACAUCGCACGUGUCCAAUGUGCAAAAGCGAUAUUCUAAAGGCCUUCGGUUAUCAUGUAUCAUUAAAUCGGAGAACACCAGUUAAUAACCAAAUAGAAGAAUCUCAAGUAGUAGCAAAUGAUCGACUCAACGUUGAUGUGCAUUCGACAGGUUCCGAGUCGAUCUUUCCAUUUACAAAUCAUAAUGAUCUACAAGAACCAUUCAGUUUUACGCCAUCAGUAUCAUCUCAACUUGUACAACAGGUAAUGCAUAGCUCAAAUGCCAGUGCUUUUUCAAUAAUUCCCCUAACUGUUCAUAACGUUCCGUUAUCGACGUCUCGUAACUUACAAACGAGCAUUCAAAGAGGUAAUUUUCUUUCUCUUAUUCUGUGA